UGAAUACUGCCGCUGAAACUAGUUGGCGCUGUUGUGUUGGUCGAAAGCUGCAGUAGAGGACGUAGGCUUGGUUAGAUAGAGAACAAGUGACCUAGAAAUCUUGAUCUAGUCUACAAUUCUACAUACAUCGUUGUUGUUUCAUAUUUUACUAUUCUUCUUGAGGAUAUUCAACAUUUGUCAUCAUUUGAUGAAUUCAUAGAUUUUUUCUGAGAUGGUUUUUGAGAAGAAUGAAACCAAAAUAAAUGAAGUUUCGAGCCUUAAAAAUAAUAGAUCUAAGAAUUUUAUUAUGGAUACCCGUAGUAUUGUUGCGGAUUACAUAAAGUACCGUUUGCAAAACAGUGGAUUUACAUGGGACAAUGAUGGGCGACCGGCAAAUGUUUCGCCCAAUUCGGUGCAAAUUGCAAUGAGGACUUUAGGUGAUGAAUUCGAGGAACGUUUUAGUAGCAGAUUCGACGAUUUAAUUAAUCAAUUAAACAUAAAUGAUGAAAAUGCAUAUGAAACGUACACUGCAAUUGUUAAUGAAAUAUUUUCUGAUAGUAUUAAUUGGGGGCGGAUAGUUGCCCUAUUUGGAUUUUCAGGUCGUUUCGCUGUAAGGUGUUACGAAUUAAAUAAAACACACUUAGUAGACAAUCUUCUAGAAUGGUUAACAACAUAUGUUGAUACUCGUCUAUCGUCCUGGAUGAAUACUCAUAAUAAUUGGCAAGGUUUUAUGGAAUUUCAAUCUGGUAGUGGUGAACAUAAAAUAGACAGUCCUUGGCCAUCAUUUAAAACUCUACUGAGCUGUGCCGCAGCAGUUGGAGCCCUUACCAUUGGAGCUAUAUUAUCUCAGAAAUCCUAAGACAAGAAGGUAUCUUAAAACAUUUUGGCUAAUAAAUUCUGAUGUUUCCCAAUGGAGAUUGACAAUGAUUGAAUUUAGUAAUUCUCUUAAACAUCAGAUAUCAUUGGAUUUCUUGUGGGUUGUGAGUGUGUGAAUACAUCCAUUGUACACAGACAGAACCACUAGUGACAUUUUAACAGUUCACAUAUAGAUUCUAGGUUUUAAAUAAUUACUAGCACACCAGUUAGGCAAUUUUUAUUUUAUUUUACUGUCACGUACACGUUACAUAGUCUAAUUAUUCCAAUUACUGAACUUUGAUAUUAGAAAUAGUAAAAUAGUAAAUUAAUAGAUCUUACUUUUAAAUUAUUAUGUUACAUUAAAUGUUGUUUUUAUUAGUUCAAUUAUGUAUUUUGUAAAUCACUUAAAAUAAUUAAAACACGUGAAGUUGUAUCCUGAUUUGUGUUUUUUUAUUAUGGACAGUAUGGCUAUUAAAACAGAGGUAGAGUAGGGUAGUAAAUGAAGCAUGAUAGCUCAUUUGAUUUGAAACAGUGGUGGUAGAGUGUAGAGCAUGACAGCUCAUUUGAUUUGAAACAGUGGUGGUAGAAUGUAGAGCAUGAUGGCUAAUUAGAAAGUCUGGUGUUGAAACCUGUCAGCACAGAAUCUUUUCAAAAGCCUGAUGUAGCACCAAAAGUCCAUCAGCUCUCUCUAGGAGAGAGAAGUUAAGUACUGUGGUGACCCACAUUGCCAUUAUGAGAUGUGUACAUUCAGGGUCUUGGAUGAAAUAAAGGUAUAUAUAUUUCCUUACUGGUAUGCAGCAUUAAUUUACUUGAAUAUGAGGUUUGGUUAGCUAUUUUAGGAUUUAAAAAACAACACAGGCCAGUAAUAUGUUUUCUUGUCUUUGAAAUGUAAAUAUAUGUAUAUAUAGAGAGAGGAUUUAAGUAAAAUGCAACUUUUAUAUAAAUAUAAUUACAUAGAGAAGCUACUACUAACUUAUAAUUAGGGAAUAUCUAAGUUAUAGCCAUUCAAUGACUAUUGUGAUGCCUAAUUUAACAACAAAAAAAAACCGCUAAAAGUUGAAGAUAUUUCACUUCAUUUGUCAAGUAUUAUUUAUGAUUAUUUGACUAAAACCAAAAAGAAAAUUAAAAAAAAAAGUUUUGGUUACAUAAAUUGGGUAGUAUUUAGUAAUAAUAACUUUGUGAAAUAUGGAAGAUAUUCUGUGAUGGUCUAUUUCCCAGUAUCUCUGUUAUCAGUUCUGUUUUCAUGGUAUCCAAAUGUUGUAUUUUUUCAUCAUGAUUAUUAAUCAUCUACCUCUACAUGUGCACAUACUGCUCAUAGUUAAUAGUUCAAACUAAAAAAAAAAUGUGAUCUAAAUAAUAAAAGUCUAGACAUCUUAUUUAAAUUUUUUUUUUUUCUGUUAUUGUAAAUGGGAUCACUGCUAUCUAUGUCUUUGAUACUGUAACACUAUUUAAAUUUCUAGCAAUACAGUUGAUGUCUUUGAUAGUAGUUGUCUUUGUUUGUUUCUCAUAUAAAACAAUCCGUAGCUGUCUUUUUUAAAGGUAUUGGAUCGCCACAUAUCUUGAUUUUUAUCUAUAAGAAUUACUGGAGUGUGGCAUAUAUUUAUUACGAUAUUAGUAGUUUUGUAGUGACAUUACUAACUACUGAAAAUGUCCAAUGCUAGUUUUUUAGUUUUUCUGUUUCCUGAUUUUGUCUUUAAAACAUAAUUUUAUGGCCAACUAGGAGUUACUGUAUUAUUAUUUAUCGGAUUAGUUCUGUCAAAACAAUAAAUGUUGUUCCAUAUUCUAUUACCUGCAGCUUUGUCAAUAGAUUGGUAUUUAAUUUGAUUUUCAGUCUUUCAAUUGGACCUAAAGUAAAGAUGUAUAUGUAUAUUUUUUGAGUUUUUGGUUUCUUAAGUUGUACAUACAUAUAUGUGUGCAUGUGUGAGUAUAUAUAUAUAUAUAUAUAUAGUGAGUAUGUGAUAAAAGACAUGAAUGUAUAAAGAUGUUUAAAUGUAAAUAUUUUUUUUUUUACAGAUAAUUUUUAAGAGAAAGCGUAUCUUUUAAUUCAUUUUUUUAGGUGUAUUUUUUUAACCUCAUUUAAUUAAUAAUAAAUAGGUUUAUAAUGUUAGUUCUCAGUGUUUGUACUUGUAAUAAUUUGUAAUAUUGCUCUGUCUUUAGGUGUACAUAUGUUUUAUUAAAUGUAAAUAUUUAUCAGA